AUGGCUUCAGGUCAAGCCAUCGUCAAGGCCGUGCUCUCCGGCGACACGCUCGUGCUCAUGGGCACCUCUGCAACCGGUCCGCCUCCUGAGCUCGUACUUACGCUGUCAUCCUUACAGGCUCCACGACUCGCCCGCUCUUCGGACCAAGUUUCCGAACCUUUUGCUUGGGCCAGUCGGGAACACUUGCGUAAACUAUGCAUCGGGAAAACCGUGCGGUUCCAAGUCGAGUACCGCGUAGCCAGUAUCAACCGGGACUUUGGCUCGGUCUGGCUCCUCCAGUCCACUAGUACUAACAGUGCUAUUGACGGAGAGAACCUCUGUGUUGCCCAAGCACGUGCAGGGUAUGCCAAGGUCAAGCCGCUGGAUCAAUUUCGGGACGGAAUCUGUGUGGACCACGCGACGAUGCUCCACCACGAGCACGAAGCUAUGGUGACGAAACGAGGCAUGUAUGCUGAAGGCGAUUCCAACGUGACGGUCCAGUGGAGUGGAGCUGAUGGCUCGGCACUUGUUCAGCAAUUCAAGGGCCAUUUGGUCCCGGCCUUGAUUGAAAGUGUGCGGGAUGGGGCGUCGUUUCGUGUCAUCUUGAAGCCUUCGAUGCAGCUCGUGAACUUUGCUCUGGCAGGUGUGCAGUGUCCUCGUCUGAAUCCAGUGGGUGAAGUGCCACCAGCAGCAGCAGCAGCAGCUUCGGGUGCUUCACGAGCACUACUCCCAGAAGCUUCCCCGGCGCCACAUGCGCGGGAAGCCAAGCACUUUACGGAAGUGCGACUGCUGCAUCGGGACGUCGAGCUCAAGCUUGAAGGUGCAGACAAGCACGAGAACCUGCUCGGCAGUAUUUUGCACCCUUCGGGUCACAAUAUCAGUGUCGAGUUGCUGAAAAAUGGACUUGCACGGAUGGCGGACUGGAGCUCGUUGUUCACGAGUGCAGCAAAUCGAGGGGCUAUGCGCACAGCAGAGAAGAGUGCCAAGCAGCAGAAGCUGCGGGUGUGGCGGGACUAUGAAGCGCCCACGCUGCACUCUGCCAAACAACUCACUGGUACAGUUGUGGAAGUGGUUAGCGGUGACUGCCUCGUUGUCUACGUUCCGGGCGAAGCCACGCCAGCUGAGCAGGAAAAGCGGAUUUAUCUGAGCUCGUUACGUGCGCCGCGUCUCGGUAAUGAACGCCGUGGUGAGACCAAUGUACCAUACGCGGUGGAGGCCAAAGAGUUCUUGCGCCACCGUGCUAUUGCCAAGACUGUGCACAUUGAGGUGGAGUAUGAGAAACCCAGCCCGUCCGGUCAGAGUGACGUGAUGUUGUUUGCCUCCGUGUUUCUUGAGCCGUCGGCGAACGCACUGAAGAAGGAUCCACAAGCCAAGGGUGCAAAUCUCGCUGUUGACGUCGUCGCUGCUGGUCUGGCUGAGGUGGUGCGUCAUCGUCCCGAAGAGGAGAAGAGCGAAUACUACGACGACCUCGUGACGGCCGAGACGAAAGCACAGACGCAGAAGAAGAAUUUGCACUCUUUGAAAGAGCCCCCGGCCUCUACGCGUCGUGUGACGGACCUGUGUUUCGAUGCGACGAAAGCCAAGCAGUUCUUACCAUUUUUGACACGUGAGCGCUCACUUCGCGCUGUGGUGGAGCACGUAUACUCGGCCACGCGCAUGAAGCUUUUUGUUCCGAAGGAAAACUGUCUGAUAAACUUCAUGAUCGCCGGUGUCAAGUGUCCACAGCCUGCCCGUCAUGGAGCUCAAGGUGUGAUCGUCGCGCCCGCAGAGCCACUCGGCGAAGAAGCCAAGCUGUUUACGAAGCGCGGCGUCAUGCAGCGUGAAGUGAUGGUGGAAAUCGAAGACAUGGACCGUGGUGGUAACGCGUUUGGUCCGUUGUUCUUGGUCCAGAGUGGCGGCGGUAAGGCUUCGCGUGAAGACCAGCACAACUUUGGCUUGCGUCUGCUUGAAGAAGGUCUUGCCUGGGUCGAUUCUUUCAGUGUGGAACGCAUUGCAUUGGGCAACGUGCUUCAGCGUGCCGAGGAGCGUGCCAAGACGCAGAAGAAGAAUUACUGGGCUACGCACGAUGCCCAAGCCGCAGUUAAGGCUGCUCAGGAGACACGAGUGAAGACGAAGGAUGACGUGAUUCCGCGCGUGAAGCUUUCCGAGAUCAUCAACGGUACCCACUUUUACAUCCAAAAUGUGGGUGACCGCAAUUGCGCCGCUGUCGAGGAGAAGAUGAAAGCGUUUUCGAAAACGCACGGACUUGCCGGCAAAGCUUUCGAGGUUCGUCGCAAUGCCGUGUGUGCCGCCCUCUUCGAUGACGGCGGAGGGCUUGCCUGGAACCGUGCCAAGGUCGAGUACAUUCACCCAGACGGAUCUGCCCAUGUUCGCUUCCUCGACUACGGUAACAUGACGACCGUGACGGCCAACCGUCUGCGUCCGCUUGAUGCUGACGUGCUGCAGUUCCCUCCUCAAGCCAAAGAGGCUACUUUUGCCUGGAUCAAGCCACUGGCGGCCACAGACGAGUUCGGAGCUGGGGCAGCCAUGCGUCUCAGUGAAAUCGCGUGGGGAAAGACCCUUUCGUGCUGCGUUCACAGCAUGGGCGAUCACGGUCGCAUGCAGGUCUCCCUCUACCUGCCUGGAGGCAAGAGUGUCUCGAGCACUUUAGUAGAAGCCGGUUUGCUGCGCACAGACCGCAAAGCACUUCGCCAAGUCCUGCCGUUCCAGAAACCUAUCGUCGACGGUCUGCUUGACGCCCAGGAAACCGCGAAGAAGCAGCGUCUUUGCAUGUGGCAGUACGGCGAUAUCGAGUCGGAUGAUGAGCAGGACUUGUAG